GGACGCUCUCUCUUUUCCCCAUCUCCCGCCUUUGGAGCCGUGCAUCCCUUCCCCACCGUUUUCUCCAACAGCCGCCGCCCAAGCUCCCUGUGUUUUUGUUUUUUCUCCGGCCAGCACAUCCCCCUUCGGAGAAAACUCUCACGAGCAGCUCCUCGGAAACACCUGGACGCGAGCUCAGACCAAGCGGAAGUACGCCAGAGCACGGCGACUCCUUCAACGCGUGCCUGGGACGACAGCCUCAGCCCACAGCGUAAGCGCGUUUUGACGACGAUUGCGACGUUUUACGCCGUUUCUUCCGGCGUACAACAGUGAGCAGCAGCAUCUUCUUCACUCUAGUCGAGGUUUGUCUCUAAUACUUGCUUAGUCGACUAUAGAUUCGGGUUUCCCACUCUCCAAUGGCUUCGAUUCUGCAGGCCUGAGCUCCUUUAAACAUCAACCAACACCAACCAGAGGAAAAAAGUAUGGUGCGUUCCAAAGCUGCCUCAAAGAAGCAAAAAAAGAGUGGAAUUGAUUUUAAGAAAAUCAAGCGAAAGAUAGGCAGGAAAUUGCCACCGCCAAAGAAUGCUACAAACACUGAAAUUAAAUCAAAAGCUAUUAUUUUACCCGAGCAGAGUGUUGCAUCGGAGAAGGCUGGUUUAGCUGUGAAUAAAAAAGGGUUGACUUUGAAGGAGCUUCUUCAGCAAACAUCCCACCACAAUGCUAAGAUUCGUAAAGGUGCUUUGGUGGGCAUUAGAGAUUUAUUCAUGAAAUACCCUGCGGAAUUAAGGUUACAUCGCUAUACCGUUAUUGAAAAAUUGCGCGAACGCAUUGAUGAUGGUGAUAAAGUGGUUCGAGAGACACUAUAUCAGCUUUUGAAGUCGGUUAUCUUCCCUGGUUGUAAGGAGGAAAAUCAAGGCCUAUUCAUUUCCUUACUGAUGGGUUAUAUUUUCAAUGCAAUGAUUCACUUAUCCAUUGAUGUUCGGAUGAUGGCUUUCAAAUUUUUUGAACUUUUGGUGGAGUACUACCCUUCUUCUUUUUUCUUACAUGCUGAUAAGAUUCUCCAAAACUAUGCUGAAAUUCUACAGAAGAAUCAAUUCUAUUUACAAGAUAAAGGCAAGCUCAAGAAUGCUCUUACUGGGUUGGUCCAGUGCUUAUCAUUAUUGCCUUGCAACAAAAGAGGAAUUGGCUCAUCUGACAAUAAUGUUGUAGACGAUGGGAUGCUACAUGCUUUUGAGCCUCAUGUGCCUACAGAAUCUGCUGGGGCUUGUGUCAUUAUUAGGAAUUUAGAGGAUUUGGUGCUUGUGUUAUUAAAUUGCUUCCAAGAGUUUAUGCCGGCAGUUCAUGAUGUAAAUCUUCUCAAUAUGCAAAUUUAUGACUGUAUUCUAUACAUUGUUCGAAGCAUACAUCUUGCCGUUCAGUAUUUCUUUUACGGGAGUGAAAAUGGUAAAGUGGAAUCACAUUCUCCUUGUAAAGGAUCUGACACAAGGUUGGAGGGGACUAUUUCUUCAGCAUUGUUAAAGAAAUUGCUUUCUGUGUUUCCCCUUAAUCCAUUGCAUCACAUUUCGGAGAAGGACCACGAUAGAUUACUGACACUGAACGUUAUCAUAACAGAGAUAUUUUUGCAUUCAAUCAAGUGUAUCAACCCUCCAAUUGCGAUAUUGGAGACAUUUUUAGAAUUUAUAGAAAGUGUUAUGCUGGGAAAGAUUGUUAGUGGCACUCAUUCUAGGAAAGUGGUCAGAGAGAAGCAUGUCCUUCCAUUACUUCCUUUUAUUCCUGAACUUAUUGCACAAGCCGAAAAUACUUGGAAGUUUCGACUGCUUGAGGCAUUUACUCAUGCUUUCAAAGAUUGCCACCCAGAGUCUUCAUUAAAAUUGGCUUGCUUGCAUGUCGUUGAAGAAUUGAUCAUUCCUACUGGUGAGCUGUCAUGCAUAGAUACAAGUUUUCCUGAAAUAGUAGAGCAUCGGGUGGCAUGGAUUAGAGAACUGCCUUUGUUGCUGAUCCUUCUUGGUGAUAAUUAUCCUUCAUGUUCUGAGGUUGUAUUGCGUCUUUUACUUCAUGUGGGACAAGCCUCUUUCUUGAACUCUGCUCUAAAAUGGGAAUACGACAACACCCAACAUCCAUUGCAAGAGUUUUACCACACAAGUUCUGCUGAAGGGAAUAAAUGCUAUGGUCCUUUUACAAGGCUUCCUAAAAAAUGUCAAGAGCUCUCAAUUUGUUGUCUUUAUUACUUCUCUUAUUUGGAUCCUCUUCUAUUGAAGUCAUUAGCUUCUUGCUGCCUAUGUCCCGAGUUGCAACCAGAAACAGUGUUUCGAAUUAUUGAGGUUCUUCAUUCAGCCUAUAAAGUUGGACAUAUACAGAUUGCUGACUAUAUCAGUUUCUGUGCGACACUUCUCUCUUGUUUUAAAGUUUCCGCAGAAAAUGGAUCUGUUGAUGCAGAAAGCAAUAAGCUUCCAAACUACGAAACUUUGAAGUCAAUCAAUAAAGUAAUUUACUCAUGCUUGUCACAAAUUGGUGACAGUUCCCUCAUUAAACAGACGCUAGAGAAAGUAAUAGUUAACUAAAAUGGAUCUAUGGAGAUGUAUUAUAUACUUUUUUUUUUCUCAUUUUCAAUUAGUUUAUUACGUAGUUGGGUUUUGAGGCAGCUGAUAGUUAAUUAAUUAGGAUUACAAUGUAGAGCUUAGAUUAUUCUUUGUUGUACCUGUAUGCUUGAAAUAUGCAUCAUCUAUUAUUUUUCAAAAAAAUUAGUUAAUGGUUGAUUCAACCGCUUGAAUGUUAUUAA